UGCCACAAGAGUCCAAGGUUGUUAGACUCAGGCAGAAGGUACAGCAUAUAAGGCCCCAGUCCUGCCUUGGAGAAUGAGGAGACCAGCACAGUCGCCCUUUCAGCUGUCCUUUACACUACAACAGUUGCAGACAAAGACCAAGGUGACAUGGCUGGAAGGAGAUAUUCUGGAUGCCCAAUGCCUGAGGACAGCCUGCCAGGGCCUCUCACUCGUCAUUCAUACAGCUGCCAUGAUUGAUACCGAGAGUUUCAUUCAGAGACAGACCGUCAUAAAUGUCAAUCUGAAAGGUACCCAGCUCCUGUUGGACGCCUGCAUCCAAGCUAGUGUGCCAUUCUUCAUCUACACCAGCUCAAUAGCGGUAGCUGGACCCAACUCCUACAAGGAGAUUGUCCAGAAUGGCCACGAGGAAGAGCAUCAUGAAACUACAUGGACUGCUUCAUACCCCUACAGCAAAAAGCUGGCUGAGAAGGCUGUGCUGGCAGCUAAUGGGAGCACUCUGAAAAAUGGGGGCAACCUGUGGACUUGUUCCUUAAGGCCCGCAUACAUCUAUGGGGAAGGAAGCCCUGUACUUUCUGGAAUUGUGAAUAGGGCCCUCGAGAACAAUGGAGUCCUGGAAAAUACAGGAAAGUUCUCUGUAGCUAACCCGGUCUACGUGGGCAAUGCGGCCUGGGCACACAUUCUGGCCUGCAGGGCUCUGAGGGACCCCAAGAAGGCCGUGAGCAUCCGAGGACAGUUCUACUACAUCACAGAUGACACACCUCACCAAAGCUAUGAUGAUUUCCGUUACAACAUGUCCAAAGAAUGGGGCCUCCGCCCUGACUCCAGGCUGAGACUUCCUCUCUCUCUGAGGUACUGGCUUGCCUUCCUGUUGGAGACAGUGAGCUUCCUUCUGAGUCCCAUUUACAAAUAUCAACCUCCCUUUAGCCGCUAUUUACUGACAACAUCAAAUAGUGUGUUUACCUUCUCCUACAAGAAAGCUCAGCGAGAUCUGGGUUAUAAGCCCUUAAACACCUGGGAAGAAGCCAAAGAGAAAACUGUGGAGUGGAUUGGCUCACUGGUGGAAAAACACAAGGGAGCACUGAAGAAAAAGACUCCCUGAUGGGCAGAUGGCAGGGAAGGGGCCCGGGUUUUGUCAGGAGCUAUAUGUCGAGCUCCUCUACCUGGCUCCCUCCAGAAAGUGACCAGUGAACCAUCCCAGGUUCUUUGACACAAUGGGUACAACGGGAAUGACACAACUUAGAGGUUUCCUUGAGCCACCAGGAGCCUCUUGGUUUUAUUCCCCCUCUCCUGUGCUAAAGCAUUUCUUUUCUUUGGACAUCUCCCAUUCCUUCAUAAAACUUAAUGAAAACAUCAAGCUGGGUGUAGGGGCACAUGCCUACGACUCAGGAGUCUGAAGCAGGAAGUUCGCAAGUUCAAAACCCGCCUCAGCAACUUCGAGAGGCUCUAAGCAACUUAACAAAACUCUGUCUCAAAAUAUUAAAAAAAUUAAAAAUUAGAAAAAGGGCUGAUGUUUAAUGGCUAAUCUCAACUGGGUUCAAUCACUGGUACCAACCAACCAACAAACAAUAAAGGACCCAGAAACUGUCAUGGCAGAAAAGACCAAAAAAUUUAAAAUGCAUACCAGGAGAAGGGUGUUUCUAUGAAGACAUUUUUCCACUGUCCCUUCCAAGUCCAUGUAUGGCCACCUUUUGGUCAAAACAAGAGGAUGGAACUAGGAGGGGAGAGAAGUGAUAGGAUCUGAAGGGGACUUGAGAUUGACUAUAAUGUAUGAGGUUUGGGGCAUGAACAGAAUUCCUGCACCAGGCCCACAGAUCAAACACAAUGGAGUCCCUCCUGCUAAUCUCCACACCCCAAGAAAAAGAUGUCAAUCUAACUUCACAAAAUCAAUAGCUAUGUUUUUAAACAGGCCAGGUGGAGCCAGCAUGACAAUGAUGUGCACUGUGCUUAACAUUUACAAGAAAAAUAACUUUGAAAAAUAACUUUGAAAAACCCUUUUGUUUAUUCUGUCUGGUUUGGUUCUCUUUAGCCCCUUCAUACCCUUGAAAGCCACCUUGUUUGGUAAGUUCAUUGAACAUCCAAAGUUUGAUGGAUGUUGUCUGUAUCUCAAACCACAAUUAAAAGCUAAUUAACAUCUUUAAACUCAA